UCUUCCAAGAAGUAUACACGCCCUCCCAUGUCCAAGCUCUUCACCUCGCUCGAGCUAUCCCCCGAGAACUUCCUAUACCUACAAGCCGCUGCGAAGCAGUAUAUGCUCAAUGCCGACUACCCCGAUCGCCAAGCUUGUGUGGGCAACAGAGGAAGAGGUGACAACGAGAUGGUGAAGGCCAGGAUGUAUCAGUGUGUGCGCGAGUUCCUCGAGGCCGAGGGUUGGGGAGAGAAGUACUUUGGUGAAAACGCACCUCCACCAAACGAUGGAGAAGCCAAUGCACCGCCUCAACCACGUCGCUACGUCUGGCCGCGUGACAGAGAUCGCAUCAUCGCUCUUUGUACCCCGCUGUUGCGUCGCAUGGUGACAAAUGAGCGCCAGAGACAGUACGCCAUAGAAUCGCGUAAGGGUGGCAAGCCAGAUAAGAUCCCGCAAGACGCCUCUGACCCUCAGGCUCAAUCCGCCCAUGAUCAAGACUCUGUCUCCAUGUCAGCUCAUGACGCCCAGGCAGAGCCGUACGACUCCCGCUUGGAUGCCAUUCCAGCCUAUCAUCUCUAUCUCGUCACCCCCGCGACAGGCCAACUCGUGCGAGACCGUAUCUCCUUUACUAUGGAAGAAGAAUUCAGUUGGCAGUGGCUAGUGGACACUCUGGUUAGCAACUGGUGCAGUGCCCUACAGAUCGUUCAGCCUCCACCCGACAUUGCUGCAAACAUCCUCGAGCGCUUCACAAUCAAAGUACUUACUUCUUCUGGUUUGACUACUGUUUCUGGCGAAGGUGAAUGGCAAUUGGCUAUUCAAGACAUUCGUCAGACUAUCUGGCUGGAUAGUACUGUCAAAGUUGUCGCCGAAUGCCCAUCUACGCCGUAGAGUCUUUAAGUGGCGGUGUUCGA